UCACAUUUCUUUCCGCCGAAGUCUCCGUAGAGCCCAAAUUCUCCGUUCCGUUUCGCCGAGAAAAUCCUUCGCUUAUCACGAAGCUCUCAGCUCCGUCGAUCAAAUUGUUCAAUCUCGGAACCGCCAUGGAUUCCUCAGAGCAUCCUUGACCUUUAUCAAUCAAUCAGUCGCAUUCAUCCAGCUCGUUUCCCGGCGAAGUUUGAUCGGAGAACCUGAUUCGGUCACGUUCCUCGGACCGCCGCAGCCAUGGCGACCGCGAAGCCCCAGAGGUCCCCACAAGAAGUCGAGGACAUAAUCCUUCGGAAGAUAUUCCUCGUAACCCUAAACGAUUCAGCCGAGACGGACUCGAGGACCGUCUAUCUGGAGCUCACAGCUGCGGAGCUUCUCAGCGAGGGCAAGGACUUGAGGCUGUCCCGCGACCUGGUGGAGCGGGUACUGAUUGAUCGCCUCUCUGGAGGCUUCCAAUCCGCUGAGCCUCCUUUCCAGUACCUGAUUGGCUGCUACCGCCGUGCGUACGAUGAAGGUAAGAAGAUGACAUCCAUGAAAGAUAAGAACUUGAGAUCGGAGAUGGAGCUUGUCGUCAAACAAGCUAAGAAGUUAAUUGUUUCGUACUGUCGCAUCCAUCUGGCGAAUCCGGAGCUCUUUGGAAGUUCCAGCCCUAGUGAUUCUACUAGAAAAUCGAAUGUUUCGCCGCUUUUGCCCUAUGUUUUCGGUGAAGUGGCUAGCACAAUUGACGCCUUUGGAGGGGCUGGGACUAGUGAAGGUGUCAAGCCACCUCCGGGGUUCGUGGACGAGUUCUUUCGGGAUUCCGAUUUCGACAGCUUGGACCCGGUAUUGAAGCAACUGUACGAGGACUUGAGAGGGAGUGUGCUUAAGGUGUCUGCUUUGGGUAACUUUCAGCAGCCACUCAGGGCAUUGAUGCUCUUAGUGAGUUUCCCGGUUGGCGCAAAGUCUUUAGUGAAUCACCCUUGGUGGAUACCCAAAGGUGCUUACUUGAAUGGGCGUGUUAUCGAGAUGACCAGCAUUCUGGGCCCUUUUUUCCAUGUCAGUGCGCUACCUGAUCAUACCAUAUUCAAAAGCCAACCUGAUGUAGGACAACAGUGUUUCUCUGAAGCUUCAACUCGUAGGCCGGCAGAUCUCUUAUCUUCAUUUACUACAAUCAAGACCGUUAUGAAUAAUUUGUAUGAUGGGCUGUCUGAGGUUCUUCUUGCUCUUCUAAAAAACACUGAAACUCGUGAGAAUGUACUUGAGUAUCUCGCAGAAGUAAUCAACAAGAAUGCCUCCAGGGCUCAUAUCCAGGUUGACCCUCUAUCCUGUGCGAGUUCAGGAAUGUUUGUGAAUCUCAGUGCUGUCAUGCUUCGACUUUGUGAGCCAUUUUUAGAUGCAAAUUUGACAAAAAGGGACAAAAUUGAUCCAAAAUAUGUAUUUUACAGCGAUCGCUUGGAUUUGAGACCAUUGACUGCUCUGCACGCAUCAUCGGAAGAAGUGGUUGAAUGGAUUAAUAGAGAAGAUCCUGGGAAGAACAAAAGUACUGGUCAAAAUAAUGAGGGUGAAAAUCGCUUGUUACAAUCUCAACAAGCGAGCAGUUCCGGCAGUGGACAAUUAAGUAAUGUUGGAAAGCCAAAAUAUCCCUUUAUCUGUGAAUGCUUCUUUAUGACGGCAAGGGUCCUCAACCUGGGUCUUUUGAAAGCAUUUUCUGACUUCAAGCAUCUAGUUCAGGACAUCUCCAGAUGUGAGGACGCUUUAUCUACCUUUAAAGCCUUGCAAGGGCAAUCACCUUCUCCACAAUUGGAUUCGGAAAUUUCUCGCCUAGAAAAGGAAAUAGAGCUAUAUUCUCAAGAGAAACUUUGUUCCGAGGCUCAGAUACUGAGGGAUGGAGAACUCAUUCAACGAGCACUGUCUUUCUACCGGUUAAUGGUGGUUUGGCUGGUUGGGAUGGUUGGCGGAUUCAAGAUGCCACUGCUGUCAGAUUGUCCAAUGGAAUUCGCAUGCAUGCCGGAACAUUUUAUUGAAGAUGCCAUGGAGCUGCUGAUCUUUGCUUCACGCAUUCCAAAAGCUCUGGAUGGAGUUAUGCUGGACGAUUUUAUGAAUUUUAUAAUCAUGUUCAUGGCAAGUCCACAAUACAUCAGAAACCCUUACCUUAGGGCAAAGAUGGUUGAAGUCCUGAAUUGUUGGAUUCCUCGUAGAAGUGGUUCAUCUAUAACAGCUUCUCUAUUUGAGGGACACCAACUUUCUCUUGAAUACCUCGUGAGGAAUCUUUUGAAGCUUUAUGUGGAUAUUGAGUUUACUGGUUCUCAUACUCAGUUUUAUGACAAGUUCAGCAUUCGGCAUAAUAUAGCGGAGCUUCUUGAGUACCUGUGGCAAGUUCCCAGUCACCGGAAUGCUUGGAGACAGAUCGCAAAGGAAGAGGAAAAGGGCGUUUAUCUUAAUUUCCUGAAUUUCCUGAUAAAUGAUAGCAUCUUCCUUCUUGAUGAAAGUCUCAACAGAAUUCUUGAACUAAAAAAGCUGGAAGCAGAGAUGGCUAACACAGUAGAAUGGGAAAGAAGACCAGCACAGGAGAGGCAAGAGAGAACUCGAUUAUUCCACUCUCAAGAAAAUCUCAUCCGGAUGGAUAUGAAAUUAGCAAAUGAAGAUGUGAGCAUGCUGGCAUUCACUUCAGAGCAAAUAACUGUCCCUUUUCUGCUUCCUGAGAUGGUUGAAAGAGUGGCCAGCAUGCUUAAUUAUUUCCUGUUGCAACUUGUGGGUCCGCAAAGGAAAUCUCUUAGUCUGAAAGAUCCAGAGAAGUAUGAAUUUCGUCCAAAAGAGUUACUUAAGCAGAUUGUUCGCGUAUAUGUUCAUCUAGCUCGGGGCGAUGCAGAAAAUAUCUUCCCAGCAGCGAUCUCCAGAGAUGGUCGAUCAUAUAAUGAGCAGUUGUUUGGUGCUGCAGCAGAUGUUCUUCGAAGAAUCGGAGAAGAUGGGAGGGUUAUACAAGAAUUCUUAGAUCUUGGUGCGAAAGCUAAAGUGGCGGCUACUGAGGCCAUGGACACUGAAGAGACUCUCGGAGAGAUUCCAGAUGAAUUCCUUGACCCAAUUCAAUACACGUUAAUGAAGGAUCCAGUGAUAUUACCUUCGUCGAAAAUCACGGUGGACCGGCCAGUGAUUCAGAGGCAUCUUCUCAGUGAUAGUACUGACCCAUUCAACCGAUCCCACCUCGCUGUGGACAUGCUGAUCCCGAACACCGAAUUGAAGGCAAGAAUCGAAGAGUUUGUCAGGUCGAAGAAGCAUGGGGAAGGACUGCCAUUGCAAGCUGAGAAGGGGGUGAUUCAUACUAGCGGCGAUGAGAUGCUCAUUGAUUAGGGGUAGAAUCAGCCAGUGAAGCAUGCUGGCUGCUGUUGAGUGUGUCUUUUCCUCGGCAAACUUCAUUGCAAGUAGAUGGUCUAUUUAAUAUGAUGGUCUCAAUCGAUUUCUUUUCUAAAUUAUAUCAUGUUUUGGUUUUAUAUGUAUGUAUCAGAGAAUACUGAUUAAUUUUUACUCAAAAGACUGGGGG